AAAUCCUAGAGAAGAAGAAGAAGAAGAAGAAGAAGUCAACCACCUCGGUAUCUUGCUAGGCAACAAAGCUGAAACAUCGGUGCUCUUCAGACACUUUCGGUGAUUAUUAGCCACUGUGUUUUAAACUCAUUUUUGUCGUCUAGUUAGUUACUACCCCUUUCGUUUAAAUAUUCCGUUGUUAGUCAUCUAGCUAGCUGGUUAAGUUAGGACUAGUAAUUAGACGAGUUGCUAAUGCUAACUAGCUAGCAAGUUAGCAUCCCCGACCAUGAGCUCACUAAGCUACUCCACCCAUGAGGAGGUCUGCUGGACGGAGAAAGAGGCUCUGGUGAAAGAGGAGGAGGAAGAGGUGGAUGUUACUAUACAAAAACAAGUAGAGGGUGAGGCUGUUACCGUGAAAGAAGAAGAGAAAGACGUUUCAGUGAAAGAAGAGGAAGACGAGUUCAGAGUGGGAGAGGAAGAGGAUGUUACAGUAAAAGAAGAGGAGGAUGUUACUGAAGAGAUGGAGAAUGCCGUUUUUGGAAUGAAGAAGGAUGAGGGGGAGGUGACUGCUACUGUGAAGGAAGAGGAGGAAGCUUUCAGUGUAAAAGAGGAGGAGGAUGUUACUCUGAAGGAGGAGAAUGCAGUUUUUGGAAUGAAGGAGGAUGAGGGGGAGGUGACUGUUUCAGCAAAAGAAGAGGAAGAAGCUUUCAGUGUAAAAGAGGAGGAGGAUGUUACUCUGAAGGAGGAGAAAGAGGAGAAUGCCGUUUUUGGAAUGAAGGAGGAGGGGGAGAUUACUGUCUCAUUGGAGGAGGAGGAGGAGGAGGAGGAAGAAGAAGAAGAGACGACAGGAGAUCUGAUUAACGACGGAGAGAGACCAGUCUGUCACUCUGACAGCAGUAAGAGUCCUUCAGAGGAACCAGACCCAGAGACUCCCAAACCAGUGAGACGACUCAACUGCUCCCAGUGUAAUAAGAGUUUCAAGUUGUCAUGGAACCUAAAAGAGCAUGAGAGGGCACACACAGGAGACAAGCCUUUCCACUGCUCCCAGUGUGGAAAGAGAUUUCCACGAUCACAGAACCUAAAAAUACAUCAGAGGACACACACAGGAGAAAAGCCUUUUCUCUGCUCCCAGUGUGGAAAGUGUUUUACCCAGUUAUGGAGCCUGAACAAACAUAAUCGAAUACACACAGGAGAAAAGCCUUACCAUUGUUCCCAUUGUGGAAAGAAAUUUAGGUUGUUAGAUAAGCUGAAGGAGCAUGAGAGGACACACACAGGAGAGAAACCUUACCAUUGCUCCCUGUGUGAAAAGAGUUUUACCCAAUUAGCUUACCGAAAAGAGCAUGAAAGGAAACACACUGAAGAAAAGACUUACCAAUGUUCCCAGUGUGGAAAGAGAUUUUCACGAUCACAGGAACUAAAUUCACAUGAGAGGACACACACAGGGAAGAAACUUCACCACUGCUCUCAUUGUGAAAAGUGUUUUACGCAGUUAGGGAGCCUGAACAAACAUAAUAGAGUACACACAGGAGAAAAGCCUUACCCCUGUACCCAUUGUGGAAAGAGAUUUUCUAGAUCACAGGACCAAAAAUCACAUGAGCGGACACACACUGGGGAGAAACCUUACCAUUGUUCCCUAUGCGGAAAUGAUUUUACCCAUUUAGGGAGCCUAAACAAACAUAAGAAGAGAAUACACUCUGGAGUGAAGCCUUACUCAUGUUCCCAUUGCCUAAUGAAUUUCAGGUUGUUAAAUAACCUUAAGGAGCAUGAGAGGACACACACACAUCUUACCAUGGUCGCAGUGGAAAAGAUUUGACCAAUUUAGGGAAACUAUAAUAUCAUGAGAGGACACACACAUCUUACCGUGGUCGCAGUGGAAAAGAUUUGACCAAUUUAGGGAAACUAUAAUAUCAUGAGAGGACACACACAUCUUACCGUGGUCGCAGUGGAAAAGAUUUGACCAAUUUAGGGAAACUAUAAGAUCAUGAGAGGACACACACAUCUUACCAUGGUCGCAGUGGAAAAGAUUUGACCAAUUUAGGGAAACUAUAUAAGAUCAUGAGAGGACACAUGGGAGAAAUCCCAGUUGUUCCCAGUGUGGAAAGAGUCUUACCCAGUUAGGGAACCUGAAAAGGAACACACACACACAGGGGAGGAAAAGCUCAUCGUUUGGAAAGAGUUUUACCUAGUUAGGGAGCCUGAAAAGGAACAUACACACACAGGGGAGGAAAAGCUCAUCGUUUGGAAAGAGUUUUAGUUAGGGAACCUGAUUGUGGAAAGACAUCUUCCCAGAGGACCUGAAAUCACAUGAUAGAAUAGACAGUGUUCUGAUGAGUCACUGUGUUCUGAUGAGUCACCGUGUUCUGAUGAGUCACCGUGUUCUGAUGAGUCACCGUGUUCUGAUGAGUCACCGUGUUCUGAUGAGUCACUGUGUUCUGACUGAUGUUUGACUGUUGUUUUAUGCCACAUUAAAUCAUAUUGUUGAUAUGAAAUCGUUCUCUAGAAUAGAGGCCUGUUUUAGUGUCUGAGACAGGAUUAUGUCUAAAAUCAGAUUAUAAUUUUUUAAUGUUUUUGUUGUUGUUUUUAUUCUACACUUUGAUAGAUUGGACACAUGUUAGAACCCUUAGAUGUUAAUGACAUGAUUUAGAUAUUUUAAGAUGUAAUUUAUUAAUUGCAUACUGUGUGUAUUUCUUGAUUCUAACCUUAAAACCUCAGGAAAUUUAGGGUUUUGGUUUCAUCUAGUUCAUUUGUGUUCUAGUCUCCAAGCUAAAGAUGUAUGAAAAAUGUGGUGAUGUUCUGAUAACGUUGUUAACAUGGAAAACAUUCACGACCUCGUCCAUGUUCCCAUCAGUAUUAUUCCACCAUGUUAGAGAGAGAACACAGGUGCUGACUGUUACACACAUUUGAUUAAUGCAACAUUUUUAUCGGAAUUAAAAUGAAAUUGAUAUUUUUUAACUGUGUUAGCCACUAGUGGACAUUGAUUAUGUACAUCGAUGUACUUACAGAAAUGAGCUCUUCUGAGUUUUGAAAUUUGAAUUUUGUAAUACAGGUAUGUUUAUCCCCGUU